GAAGGUAUAAAAGGCAGUGUCUUCUGAAAUUUGAGGAUAAGAUUACAGAGCAGGAAUGGAAGAGAAGCUCUCAAAAGUUGCUCAGACACUAAAGCCCUCCCCGAUACAAGAGCUUUCACAUCUGUCGCAGAGAUGCAAUGCAAUUAACCUUGCCAUGGGAUUCCCCGAUUUUCCCGCACCUACCCAGAUCAAAGACGCCGCUAUUUCGGCCAUUAAUUCCGACUUCAAUCAGUACAGGCAUGUGCAAGGAAUCUGUGAGCACUUGGCAGAGAAGAUGAAACUACAACAGGGUUUAGACGUGAAUCCCCUUACUGAUAUAGCUAUAUGCUGCGGCCAGACUGAGGCAUUUGCAGCGGCAGUGUUUGCGACAAUAGAUAGAGGUGAUGAAGUUUUGCUGUUCGAUCCUGCUUAUGAAACAUAUGAAACAUGCAUCCUUAUGGCCGGAGGAGUCCCAGUUUAUGUGUCACUGGAUCCACCUAACUGGACUUUGGAUAGGGACAAACUGAUGAAAUCUGUAACAAGUCGGACAAAGGUUGUAGUGUUGAACAGUCCUCACAAUCCGACUGGAAAGGUAUUUUCCAAGGACGAGCUUGAAGCCAUUGCUGGAGUUUGCCGUGACAUGGAUUGUCUAGCUAUAACAGAUGAAGUAUACGAGUAUAUAACAUUUGAUAUGGAGAAGCAUAUAUCCCUUGCCUCUCUUUUGGGAAUGCAAGAGCGGACAAUCAUCACUUCUUCAUUGUCGAAGACUUUUAGUGUUACUGGUUGGAGAAUAGGAUGGGCGAUUGCUCCAGCAUGCAUUGCGUUCGCAAUUAGAAACAUCCAUGUUAAAAUCACAGAUUCAGCUCCUGCACCUUUCCAAGAAGCUGCCUUGACUGCUCUAACAUGUUCACCAGAAUAUUAUGAAUCCUUGAGAACAGCAUACGAAUCAAAAAGGAACUACAUUGUCAAGAUGUUAUGCAGCAUUGGUUUCAAGAUCCAUUUCAAGCCUCAAGGUUCAUUCUUUGUAUUUGCAGAACUUCCUGAGGAGUGCAUUCUUUCUGAUAUAGAUUUUGUUACAGAAUUGAUAAGGAAAGCAGGGGUGGCAGCUGUUCCUGGCUGUGGAUUUUUCCACAGUUUCUCUUCAUCUGGACAGAACUACCAGAGGAGAUAUAUUAGGUUUGCUUUCUGCAAGAAUGAUGCUACACUGGAUGCUGCUGCACAGAAAAUGGGUAAGCUCGUGGAUGGCUUAUUAAAAGGGUGGAAGAAAUGCAUAUAAGAUAUUUAGAAUUUAUGUAGUGCAGCAGAGGUGAAUUCUUUAUUACUGUUUUAACAACUAGUAGUAAAUUGACUCAACUUGAUGCUGGAAUCCUAGAAGGAAAAAUAAGAUGGUGUUUCUAUUUA